UGGCCCGAUAGCCGCGGGUCUGCUCGCGCUGGGCACGCGGAGGCAGCCCUGCCCCGUUCCCCCGGAGCCGCCGAUCUGCCCGGAGACGUGCGCGGAGGCACCGCCCUGCGUGUGCCCAGCGGCGCCGGCGUGCGUGUGCCCGGAGCCUGUGGCCUGCCCGCCGACGGAGCUCAGCAGGGAGGAGGUGCUGAUCAUCGGCGCGGCCACCUGGGCGGUGCAGACGGGCGUCGGCUGGGCCACGAGCGUGGGGCGCAGAUGGGUCAUCCUGACCCCAGACUUUGACAUGUAUUCGGAGAUGCUGGACGGCAGCGAGGGCGUCGACGGCGUGGUGCGGAUCGUCGGCCUGCGCCCAGACGGGCGUCUUCCCCGGCUCGACAAGCCCGCCUACAGGUUCAAGCAGGCGCUCGACCUGGACGCCCUGAAGGGGUACAUCCGCGAGGGCCGACGCCUGGCCCUGCAGGACGGAGCUGCGGCGGGUGACCCGCCGAUCGAGGUCGCGGACGUGGUGAUGCCCGAUCGUGAGGUGGUGCCGCUCGACACCCUGUUCGGCGGCCGCUUCCUGCCUCGCCGCCUCCCCUUGCGCCGCGGCGCAGCGGCGGCGGCGGCUGGGGCCGACAACGGGCCCCCUGGCGACGCGGCUGCCGGCUCCGACGCGGGCGCGGCCCCUGCGCUGGCGGCUGUCGGCGACGGCGCCAGCCCAGAGUAUCCCCAGGUUCCGCCAGACACGCCGCGCGGCCACGCGUGGGUGCUCAUGGAGGGCGGCCGCGCCGGCAAUCUGGGCGACGAGGUGGUGCUGGGGCCAGAUGACUUCAGGCUCUCGGACUACGACGCGAUGAUCCUCCGCCGGGGGCAGGGCCGCCGGGCCGAGCUCGUCCCCCUCACGAAGGUGGACGAGUUCGUGCGAGCCCGCCGAGAGGAGUUGGCCGACCAGCUGAG